UAUAAAACUGAGCAGGAAGCUUGACUCAGUCAGUCGUAGAUUAGACGCGCUGGAGGAACUUCCCAAGCAGUUUGCUGACAUUAAAGGGCCAAACGAGGCAGCGGUGAGUGAGAACUGACUUCAGCUAAUAGUCCUUAGAAAAAGAGUUCUUCAUGGAUCCCAACAAUCCUGGCGGCGUGGAAUAUAAUAAUCGUUGGAACAAUGAAAACAUCAACAUGAAUGUUGAGGCUUCACAGCCUUUACAAACGAGGAUCUACAACACAUUGUGUACCGGCACCACUGGACUGGCCGCGAAGAUAGCCGGAGGUGUAGCCGUACUGGUGGUCAUUUACGUGAUAGGAUACACGACCGGGUACUACGUCCAUCGGUGCUGAUGCAAAAGCCCUGAUGGGAAACAAGAGAUGGACAUUUCAUAAAUCCAGAUGAUUUCAAGAAAUUAAUUAUAUUUUCAUAUAAAAAUGAUGUGAAAAAAAUACUUUCUUCUUCCUGAACUUCACAAAUGAAGCAUAAACGUUUUGUGGGAAUUAAGUUCAUUUGUUUGGUUUCAUGUGAAUUUUCAUGAAAGAAAAGAAGUUGUAAAAAUGUUCGGAUUAAAAUGUGGGUUUUAUAUACUACAGUGGUAAAAUCCUGUGGUUCUCAAUGAAUUGAGAGGAACAGCAGUUUAUACAUUUUUCUUAAAUGAUAUUCACAAGAUCAAUCAUAUUGAUCUCAUUCCUGUAACAACACAUUUUGAUAUUUGUAUAUAUCAGCAAUGUAUUCCACUAAUUUAGAAUGUAAGGACCUGAAAGAUGCUUUUGUAGACGGAGACAGAACUGAUUCUCUUGAAAUCCCCCAGGGUCACCAGCUGUCCCUUCAUUUAACACCGAUCUCUAGAAAUGUGACAACACAAGACAACAUCCUUCCUCAGAACCGUUUCUUAAACCCUUCAUGUCAUUGAAUAUUAAUGCAUCCCAGUUACAUAUGUUUCAACUCAAGUCCAUAAAUGUUGCAGCAAUUAAUAACUAAAGCCUAAUAUUAAAAGCAGUUUUCAUGAAAAUAUUGUAAAAAUGAAUAAAACUCAAUGAGAUGAA